CGCCGCCGCCGCCGUAGCGUCCAUGGUAACCGAAAUAGAAAAAGCAGUUCAACCGACCUCGCCCGGCGGAGACCGCGGCGGCGACGAUCUGUUGUUCGAGAUCGCGUCGGUGAGGUGUAUGAGCGGAAGAAAUUCAUCAAGAGAGGAGAGCGAUGAAGACAGCAGCGGGAGCAGCUUGUUUUCCUACGAUUUUGACGGCGAGGACGACUCCGGUAGUCAUGCCGUCUCCGCCGUGUACGUCGCCGUGGGGAGCGGAUCGAAAAUUGACGCGGAGGCCAGCAUGGAUGCGCUGAUGUGGGCCCUCGGCAAUGCCGCGGAACCGGUGCGGCGGCUCUCCUCCUCUUCUUCUUCUUCUUCUAUGGUGGUGAUUCUGGUUCAUGUUUUCCCAAAGAUUAAGUUCGUCCCUUCUCCACUGGGGAUGAUUCCAAUAAGCAAAGUGAAUCAAGAACAGAAAGAUAACCACAAAACUCAUGAAAGAAACCAGAGGAUGCAGUUCCUUCAAAAGUUUCUCGAUGUCUGCUCCGCUUCAAAGGUGAAAGCAGAUACCAUACUUAUAGAGAGUGAUACAGAGGCAAACGCAAUACUGGACCUCAUUCAUAUAUGUAACAUCAGAAAACUGGUUUUGGGCACUCCCAAAGCAAAUCUGAGGAAAAUGAAGUGGAAAAAAGGGAAGAGCACAGCUAAGGAGAUAGUGAAAAAUGCACCAGAGUUUUGUGAUAUAAAGAUCAUAUGUGAUGGCAAAGAAGUGGCAAUGGAGGAACAGAUGACGACUGAGUCUUCUUCAAGCGAGAGAGCCACCCUUGGUAUCAAUCAUUUGAGAUUGAGGAGACAUCAUCUCCCAAUUAACCUUCUUCAAAGUUAUCAUCAUAGAAUGACUUACUCAGCAAUGGGCUCACGCCAGAGAAUAUGUCUGCUAAUGUGUUGCUUGGCAAUAUGGGUCCAAUCCAACGGAUCAGAAGCCCAGCUUAUUUAUAAUACCAUUGUCCAGAGCGGCGUUGAGAAAGGAGCCGUAUGUCUGGAUGGGAGUCCGCCGGCAUAUGUUUUGGAUCGUGGGAGUGGCGAUGGAGCUAACAAUUGGUUGGUUUACGUUCAAGGUGGAGGGUGGUGCAUAAACAACACCAAUUAUGAUACUCCUGAUUUUAGCCUUCAAAGCUGUGAGCACCGUGCAGCUGGUGACUUGGGUUCAUCAAUCGCAAUGAAGCCUUUUGAAUUCAACCAUAGUGUUUAUGGCAACGAGUCAAGCAUGAGCUAUUUCUACAACUGGAAUCGAGUCAUUCUCAAGUACUGUGACGGUGCUUCGUUUGUCGGAGAUGCCGAUCAGCCCGAUCCGGUACGUACCCUGACCUAAGUAGGACAUUUGAAAUCAUAUGAAACGUUGAAUUAACGUAAUAAUUUUAUUCUUUUUUUAAAAAAAAAUAGGUUACUAAACUUUACUAUCGAGG